CAGAAUUCCUCUGAGAGAGAAGACUGUAAUAAUGAUGAGCCCCCUAGGAAGAUCAUUCCUGAGAAGAAUUCACUUAGACAGACCUACAACAGCUGUGCCAGACUCUGCUUAAACCAGGAAACAGUAUGUCUAGGAAGCACUGCUAUGAAGACUGAAAAUUGUGUGGCCAAAACAAAACUUGCCAAUGGCACUUCCAGUAUGAUUGUGCCCAAGCAAAGAAAACUGUCUGCAAGCUAUGAGAAGGAGAAGGAGCUCUGCGUCAAGUAUUUUGAACAGUGGUCCGAGUCUGACCAGGUGGAGUUUGUGGAGCACCUCAUCUCCCAGAUGUGUCACUACCAGCAUGGACAUAUAAACUCAUACCUCAAACCCAUGUUACAGCGGGACUUCAUCACUGCACUGCCAG